AUGUCUGUACAUAAAGUUGACAUCCUGGAACCUGGUGUGAUUGGGAUAGCAAGAGACGGAGUCGUGAUAUAUCAUUUGGGCAUGAACUCUGGGGCAGUACCCUCGAUCGAUUCAUGUGGAGGCGUUCUGUUUGCGAGUGGACUAUAUGCCUAUGUGAAGUAUCCGUCUUGUCUCCUUCCAAAUCCGGAAGUCGCACACUCACCUCUGGUUGGAUUCAUGUUAGAUGGAAUUCCAAUCUACGGUCCACUCGAUGUCGGAGGUGCAAAGGCGGAGGACAUUCAUGGUCGCUAUCAACUCGACGAAUGUGGAGGCCAUGUGGACUCUCAAAACAACUUCUAUCACUAUCACUACAGGUCGAAGUAUCCUUUCUCCAUCUCGUGCUUCAGGGCCUGUCUAUUCCAGCCAAAUCUGAUUUACCGGAAUCCGUACGUUGCUAAAAUUAGCCAAGAUUGCAAGGAUUCCGAUUUGAAGUACAGUUACCAUCCUCUUGACAAUCUUGCUAUUUCUGUCAUUAACAAUUUUGACCCUCAAGCUCAUCUAAAAUUGUCCGUGUUUCAUGGCGGCAGGAACAUGACUUACGGCAAGUUUUAUGAUUUUAAGUUACAAUUUGAAGAUGUUGGAAUCGGAAGUUUCUUUGACCUCAAAUGGGCUAACGAGUACCAAUCGCCUACACACAUUCCCGAUGCUUUAUUCUUUUUCUCUCAAGACAUUAUGAGCAAUGACAUUUCAAUGUUGAUUUUGCCGGGCUUGGCUUCAACAGCAACAUCGACGACCUCGGCGCAGAAUGGCAGCUCGUAUAGGGUUGGUAUCUGGAAUGCCGAAGUGGUUACGAGGGAUAGAUACGGAAAUAGAUGCUCUUCGACGAACUUGACAGUAGUUUCGUGGAUUGAGUUAAACGCCUCUAUCGUGAAUUGCACCGUAAUUUACCAGGGCAGUGGCAAUUAUCGCGUUUCGGCCCUCGUCACACGAUCAGGGUCCUGGAACUUCAACGUACUUGUCAAUGAACGACUGCUUGACGAUUCACCCAAGGUUUUGAUCUUCGAACCAGGCUCCGUCGACGCAAAAAUUUCGGCUGUCAUUGGAAACUGUAAUGGAGGCCUUGAAUUCAUUAUGACUAGAGGCCAAGUUGCAAACUUUCUGAUUCAACCGAAAGAUUCCUUUGGUAAUAAUGUCACAACUACCUCUGGUGUUGGGUUCUCUGCAUGGUUGCGGAAAGAUCUUACCGUACACAAUUACUGUCCUAUCUAUCAACUCCUCCCUUCACUCUACUCAGCAUCCUGUCUUGCUUACACCCCGGGACUCAUUUCGCUGGAAGUUGUCUUCCAACUCCAUUUUGUAGGCUCAACUCCUUUGCAAGUCUACGUCGAAGCUGGAUCAACAUGUGCAGGGACUAGCAGAGUGUAUGGGCCACUUCUUACUCUUUCAACAGUUGGCAUUGAAACAUUCUUUUUCAUAGAAACCCGUGACGCCCUGUAUUUCAACAAGAAUGCAGGUGGCGACCAGUUUUUUGUUUCCUUCAAUUCUACUGCUGCAAACGCCACUGGAUCUGUCCUAGACGCAUCUAUGGAUCGUUUGAAUUUCACUUGCAACAGACCAUCAAGCAUGAACAAUCCUUCUAUUGAGUUAGGAAUACUGCAGGCCACGCUUGAGGUAUUCGAUAAGCAGAUGCUUUACCUCCGGACUGGAAAAUCGUUUGCAUCCUUUGGAGAUUUUAUUCUGAUUGACUCUGAGAUCAUGUCAGUUGUCUCGAGUUCCAGCAAUUCUCUUGUCGUUCAACGAGGACAGUUCGGAGGUGCUGUUGGCAUACAUCUUCCUGGCUCCCUUAUCUAUCUCUUCCUUCCUAAUUGUGAAGCGGGAAAGUACGUCACCUACGUGCAGCUCACCGUGUCCGGCACUUAUGUUGUGACUGUGAGCUUGGGAGGGUUUUAUCCACUCCACGGCUCGCCCUUCGUUUUAAGGGUGAGGCCAGCUGCUUUCUCGUUGAGCAACAACAAGGUUGUGGGGGAGGGCCUGACCUUGGCUACUGCUGGUUUCAAAUCUCAUUUCCAAGUUUUAGCAAGAGACUUGUAUGGAAAUGUUAUUGAGGCUUUUGAUGAUCAAAUCGUGAACUAUCAGAUCUUUGAUACAUAUCUGCAAGUCGUGUUCAACGGAUCAUACAGUCUCAUGUUCUCAGAAGGGAUGCAGCUACCUGUCUUCCUGGUCCAAUACUAUCUUGAAAAAGGUUCCUGCUCUUGCUUCAGCCACUCUCUGAAGAUCAAUGGCACAGAUAUCAUUCCAGACCUGCAGGCAUUGUGCUUGACUGUGGUUCCGCAGAGAGCGUCACUUUCAAACUCAUUCUUCCCUCAGUUGACCAACAGAAACUUGAGCGUUGGAACCCCUGCACUACAAGUCAUUGAUGCCUUCAAUUCUGCUGGACAAGUGCAAUGUUUAAAUCGCAUUGCUUCCGUUGAAAUCCUUUAUGAUCAGGUCCAAGGUGCUUUGGUAGACGCAUCUCAAGUGAAAGUGGAUGUGACCUGUAUCUUGCCUUGUACUGGAAGCGGCUUCAGCGCCACCUUUGAUGUGCAGCAGGGCGAGGUCGGGAACGUUCGAGUACUUGAUUGUGGAUGUGGCUACGAUCCAAAAUUUCCUCCCCAGAUAGGGAACGCGACAUUUGCUCCAGGCGUUAUUUUCAGGCCUGUGUUCCAAAGUCAGUCAUUCGAAAGAUGGAGCAUCACUUAUUCUGCCUUGUUGGUGUCUGGUUUGCGUGCAACCUUCUAUGAGAGUGAGGAAUUCACCGUGCCUGCGUUUUCCGGGCCCUGGUCAAAUAAAGGAGUGCAGGAUGUUCUUUGCCUUACAUCAGGCUCCAUCAGGACAAAGGAGUCACUAGGAAAUCAUCUGAAUCCUUCCGUAUUUGGUGACUUCAAAGGUUUUUUGAUACUGCCCAAUCAAGGUUACACCUCCAUCUCUUUUGCUGCAACUGGAUCUGGACAACGAGUAAAGCUGUGGAUAGAUGAAAGCAUCGUGAUAGAUACAUGGACGAGUCUUGGUGCAUGGAUAAUGACAUAUUCCUUCACGCCAUCCCAAGCAUCCUCUGCGCAUGAAAUUCAUAUCCGUUACAAAGGAACCCCGCUUGAUUGCUUGAGCUUGAAAUGGAAUGUCACAACAAUAGAAGAAUUGAUUCCGCUUCAAGCUUUUGCUUCUCAAUUGCAUGUGACUCACCCAGUUCUUUCAGACAUGAGAAAUGGUUCGUACCAAAUCGAAUUUUCAAGCACAAAGUCUGGAAUAUAUUCGAACGCUCUGGCUUUGACUUACAGAGGUGGUCUUUCGGCUACGUACAUUCCAAACAAGUUGUGGCAGCUGACAGGGAAUGAGCUGCGACGAGUCGAUCCUGAGGUGAACUUUGUAUGGGGAUCGAAAGCACCGAUGGCAAAUUUCCCUUCAGAUGACUUCAGCGUGAUUUGGGAAGGAUUUCUUCAACCCAAGGUAGAUGACAUCUACCAAUUGCACUUUAUUGCAGAUGACUCAAUCGUUGUCUACUUCGACGGACAAAAAGUCUUGAACACUUCACAGGAAGAAAUGAGAGUCGAAUACGUAUAUUUUGUGACAUAUCCCCUAUUAGCGCAGAACUUGUAUCAAAUCAAAAUUCUCUACAAAGAAGAGCAAGUGCAUGCCAAUGCUAGAAUGCUUUGGAGCACAAAUUCGAUGGCGAAGGAGCUUAUUUCAUCUUCUUAUCUGUUUUACUCUACCGAGCCAUCCAGAUAUUUUGAUUCAUAUAUCCUGGCUUCAAAUUUGAACAUAGAUUUUACGGCCUCGAAAGCUGUCGGUCAAGUGCCCUCCAAAGUGACAGCAGGAGAUUCUGCAACUUUCACAGCGUUCUAUAAAGAUCAAUUCUUCAACCCAACUUUCGGUGCGAAUCCCGAUGGGUUUUUCUUCGUAGCAAGAGCUCUUCCUGUGGCUGGUGGUAUCCAGAGCUUUCAGAUCGAUAUUGUGAACGGUGGAUUGAAUUACAUUCCUGGAUCUCUUCGAAUUGAAGUCUGCAGUCAAUUAUUUUACUCCAACUUCAAUGUCAGCAGCGUUGGAUCUAUCAACAGCAUCGACAACACUUUUUUCGAUUGCGGAGAAGUUUCUCAUGAACAUGGGCUCCAUGUAACUCCUCUAUACUCUACUACAAACACGCUUCAAGGAGGUUCCGUUACAUCAGUAUCUAUUUCUGGAACUGCCUCUCUACCAUACAAACAUGAGGGAAAUCUUAUUUGGAACUGUUCAGGCAUAACCGAUUGUGAGGGGUUUGGGCUGGCUGGAAUUUGUUAUGCCGCUUCCGGCAAUGUCACCAGUGUCGUGCUUAUUGAUCACGGUAGCAACUUCUCAUCAAUAGCAAAGCCGUCUGUUUACUGUGAGGAUGGAUCAGGGCAAGAGUUCCAAGUCAACAUCGCCGAGGGAGCAUUGUUUCUUCCGAUGUACGAAGCACCAAUGCAGAAAGCAAUCUGCAACUCUUCCGAUCCCUGUGCAGACAUGAAUGUUGCUUCGCUCUCCCUCAGCGUAUCACUCACUCGAGCUGGAACGAUGGAGUUUUCGGUAGCCACAGCGUUUUCUGGAGGAUUGCAGGCGACAUAUUAUCUGUGUUCUUACUCAGAAGAGUUAGCAUUGGAUUGUGGAACUCCAGCUAAGACUGUAAUUGACGCAGAAUCGAUUUUCUAG